UUUACUCACAAACAUUCACACACGUUACCACAGAGAGCUGUCCCCUCUCUCUCUCUCUCUCUCUCUCUCUCUCUCUCUCUCUCUCUCACACACACACACACACACUCACUCUCGCUCUCUCUCUCUCUGCCUCUACUCCAUCUCAGCCUCAGCUCCAUACACAGCAUCCAGGAUGGAUGUACUAAUGAAGGGAUUUUCCAUGGCCAAAGAGGGAGUGGUGGCCGCUGCAGAGAAAACCAAAGCUGGUGUUGAAGAGGCGGCUCUCAAGACCAAAGAGGGCGUCUUGUAUGUAGGUAAUAAGACAAAGGAGGGAGUUGUAUCAAGUGUCAAUACAGUGACAAACAGGACUACAGAGCAGGCUAACAUCGUUGGAGAAGCAGCAGUGGCGAGUGCUAAUGAUUUGGGACAGAAGACUGUGGAGGGAGUGGAGAACGUGGCUGCAUCAACCGGCUUGGUGAAUCCAGCCGACUUCUCCCAGGGCGGGAUGGAGGGUGGAGAUGGUGGCCAGGGCUAUUAGGCCUGGGCUCAAACCCAACACCGUUUCCCUUCCUCAGACACACAACCCAUCAGUUUCCUCACUCCUGUCCUGUCAUCCCAGCAGUGCUUCACACAACUCUGAGAAUUUUUUGGUGACAGUAUGGAAAACCGAACACCUCUUUCCCAGGCUCCCAUUUGCUCUGUGUAAUGCUCUCGUUCCCUCAAACCUCCUCAAAUGUGUUGGUGUCGUCAUGCUGUUUUCCUCGUGUUCUCUCUCUGACUCCAGUUACAAAUUUCAUACACAAGUAAUGUUCUGUUAAAUGGCAAAUAUGAAGUGGAGCUCAUGCUUGGCUAUGUGUAGUUGUGUGAAAAUUAAAUAUCGUUGUGCGUUUUGACUCCCAGAUUGUGAUUUUAACCUUCAUCUAGGCAGUCGAAUUUAACAAACACAAUGUACAGCGUCAUAUCUUUCUUACAGGCAGUUUAAACACGCAAGCUCGGUGAUGUGAACCUGCAGGAGAAUGAUCACAAUGAGUGACGAGUAAAGGAUGGUUGAUGUUUUGCAAAACAUUUUCAAGACGUCUAUUAAUAAGCGCAUGUAAUAAUCAACGUUGACAUCCUAGUAAUUCAUGAAUGCAGACAUAUUUGGAGUUAUUUUGUCUUUAAGAUGCUGUAUGAGGUGUGUACACUCGGAUACAUGACAUUCCUUUCGCUCAGACUGAGGGACAGAAUCAGUGUGUGCUUGAUCACUAAUAGUAGAUUUAUUGUAUAGAGAAUUCUAUAAAGAAAUAAAUGGAUAUUUAUCCACGUUUCAAUACAACACUAUUUUGAUUAGUCUUUAUGUAGCAUUGGCAGACUUGCAUCUAUUCCUUUGCUUGUCUUUGUACAUUUGUGAAAAGGCAAAAAUCGUGAAACGAGUAUUGUUAUUUAUUUAAAAGAAGCAAUGUGUGUCUGAAAAAAAAAUUAUAUGAGCUGGAGGGAAAAUGGGGGGGGGGACCCUAAACCCAUUUCAUUCUGUUUUAUUUUAAUUUUCCUGCAGCGCAUGUUGUCAUUUCGGUGUGCCAGCAUAGCAGAGAUUUCUAAUGCCUGUGACGUGAAGCAAUAGUUCCUCCACUGCAGAGUUUGUCAGUGGUUUGUUCUGUAGCAAUUUGCAGUGAUGGUGUUUUAGCACUGUGUCUUAUUAACUGAAUGCCGAGAUGUGUCGAUAUUUGAUGACUUUAUCCAUCCCUGUUUAUUCCCUCUCCAACUGAAAUCCCUCAGACAUUGUGUCCCAGCUCGUCUAUGUCCGCUUCUGUUGGCUUUUAGCAGAGAAAAUGUUUCGAAUAUCGCCGUGUGUUCUUUGUUUGAAGCCACUGGAAUUCGAAGACUGCAUGUUGCCUUUUCAGCACUCUAAUCGUCACACACACUUGCAAACAAAUUCUAAUGUUUUCCCUCACACUGAUUUCCAAGAUUCACAAUCAGACAUGCAUGUACACACACAUAUACUGUACACUCACUCCCCAACCUGAUUAAGUUGGCAUCAAAGCAGAAAA